UUCAAGUGCAAUUGAGAGUGACCUACCGAUGAGCUUAGAGAGUAUCAUGGCGCAGAUUGUCUCUAGAGUAAAUAAUGACAGCACUGUACGCUUCAAUAUCAUAAGACGAAAUGUGUGGGAUGGAGCAUCCAGAGCCAUGGGCAGAUCCAAUUUUUCACCUGAGAAGAAGAUAGAUGUCAAGUUUACUGAUGACUAUGGAAUAUCUGAGGGUGCUGUUGACAAUGGAGGACCUACUCGGGAGUUCUUCCGACUUUGCCUUGAUGAAGUCAAGGACAAAAUUGGCAUUUUUGAAGGUCCACCUAAUGCUAAAGUCCUUACGUGCAAUUCCAAAGCAAUGAAAGACAAUGGAUACUUCUGCGCUGGCCAGAUCAUGGCAAUGUUAAUUGCCCAUGGAGGACAGAGUCCAUGUUUCUUAUCUGAACUCUUGUAUGAGUGUCUUCAAAAGGGUCCAGACAACAUCAAAGUCAACACUGACCAUAUUACUGAUGAAGAAACAAGGUCACAGGUGCAAUCGCUUCAGUUUUUCAACUCCUGA